UUUUCAUAAAUCACUGGAGAACCUCAGAUCUUGGUCACUCACUGCUCCUCACACAUUGUCAACACAAAAUUCAAUCUUGUAAAAGUCUGUCCUGAGUCGAUCUUAUAUUAUAUCACUAUUGAGGAUUAUGGCAGGCAUGGAGCUAUUGUCCGACCAAGGAUUUCGUAUGGACGGUCGAAAAUCCAAUGAGUUGCGACGGAUCCGAUUUAAAAAAGGAGUUUUUAAUCAGGCUGAUGGUUCGGCCUAUCUUGAACAGGGCAAUACAAAAGUAUUAGCCGCAGUUUAUGGUCCACACGAGAUCAGAGGAAGCAAGAGCAAAGCUCUUCAUGACAGAGUUCUCAUCAAUUGUCAGUACAGUAUGGCAACCUUCAGUACUCAAGACCGAAAGCGUCGUCCUCGAGGAGACCGCAAGUCACAGGAGAUGACCUCUCACCUAAAGCAGACAUUUGAUGCUGUCGUGUUGACCGAGCUAUAUCCAAAGACACAACUGGAUAUAUAUGUGGAGGUUUUACAGUCAGAUGGCGGUAAUUAUUGUGCUAGUGUGAAUGCUGCCACGCUGGCCCUUAUGGAUGCUGGCAUUCCCAUGAAAGACUAUGUGAUUGCUUGUGCUGGAAGCUUCACACGAGAGACGCCCAUCAUAGACAUCAACCAUUUGGAAGAGUCAAGUGGAGGGGCAGAAGUUAUCAUGGCUAUUUUGCCCAGGUGUGAUCAGAUUGUGUUCUUAGAAAUGAAUUCCAGGCUACAUGAGGAUCAUUUGUCAGCUGUCAUGGAUCAUGUGAUGGCUGGCUGCAAGGAUAUUUUCAAUGUCCUCAAUCAGCAGGUCAGAGAAGAGCUUGUGAGAAGAACAGUUCAAGACAGCCUGGUGGAUUCAGGGUGAUAUGAAUUUUUGACAUGCUUUGGGGAAUUGGGAAAAUCAACAGUGUAAUAUGUAUACUGCUGGGAUGAAUGUUUCUGUACAAUCUAUUUGACUAAAGUACCAUUAUCAAGUGAGGUCGGACUUGUAAAUAGAACCGACAAUACAUGGACUGUCAAUGGAGGUCAUGAAUAGAUUUGGGCAAGUGCUUAUCCAGCAGCAGUUCUCGUAUUCUCUUCCAAUACUUGAUGUUACAUGUAAAAGUAGAAGAAUACAACAUAAUUAAUCUAUCUGAAUCCUGUUUAGCAGGGAUAUUCAACAUUUUCUUGCUAUUGGCAGCAUGAACAUAGUCAAAGAGAAGUCUGAUCAGUCAUGCUCAUGUCCAGUAUGUGCUUCUGUUUGCAUGAAUAUUGAGGUAGUGUUUUUAUUAGGCGUACCGGAUACAAUUUAGAGAGAGUGUGGGACAGAGCGAGAGAGAAAAAGAGUGCCCAUUUAGGUGUUUUUGAAAAGCAGAACAAGUGUGUGCAUAUUUUAUGUUCAUGUCUAAUUGACAAUUGAAAAAGGAAUGGGGAGGAAGUGGGGGUGGGGAUUGAAGAAACUUAAUGUUUAACAGUAGUGAAUUCAUGAGUUACCUGUGUUAUACAGGAUCACAAAACACUGCCAGUUUUCUCAAUUACAGACCUGUAUCUGUUACAUUCAUUGUAUAAGAUGAGAUGAUUGUGUUUCAAUAUUUGUGUUACGAAAAAAUAAACUUCCUGUAACAAAAACAA